UAGAAAAUGUUGGUGGUUAAAUUAAUUGCGGUUUUAUUAAGUCUGGGACUGACUACAGCCCUGCCUGCGGAUGCGGGGCGAGCCAGUUCAGUGACCACUGUUUCAAUCGUUAAAGGACAUGGCUAUGAGAUUGAGGAGCACGAGGUGCAGACCUCAGAUGGUUACAUUUUAACCAUGCAUCGUAUCCCAUACUCCAAAAACACUGGUGACGAUGGCCCGCGCCCUGUGGUUUUCCUCAUGCAUGGUCUUUUGUGCUCCUCCUCGGAUUGGGUACUUGCAGGGCCCCACAGCGGCUUAGCCUAUUUGCUAUCUGAAGAGGGAUAUGAUGUGUGGAUGGGUAAUGCUAGGGGUAAUACCUACUCCAAGAAGCACGCCACCAAAUCCCCGCUUCUGCAGCCGUUCUGGAACUUCGAAUGGCACGACAUUGGAAUCUACGAUCUUCCCGCCAUGAUAGAUUUUGUCAUUUACCGCACGGGUGUUGAGCAAGUGAAGUAUGUGGGGCACUCUCAAGGAACCACAUCGUUCUUCGUGGCCAACUCAAUGAUUCCGCGAUUUAAGAAUCGCAUAAGCUCCGCCCAUUUACUGGCUCCAGUGGCCUGGAUGGAGCACAUGGAGAGUCCUUUGGCCACGGUUGGUGGUCCUCUGCUGGGACAACCCAAUGCCUUUGUAGAGGUCUUCGGUAGCGCUGAAUUUCUGCCGAGUACACAGCUUAUGAACAUGUUCGGAGCAAUUAUGUGCAACGAUCAGGCCAUUUCUCAGUUCAUGUGCACCAACACCCUUUUCCUAUUGGGCGGCUGGAAUUCGCCGUAUAUUAACGAAACCAUGCUCCCGGAAAUUAUGGCCACCACGCCUGCGGGUUGUUCGGUAAAUCAGAUCUUCCACUACUUGCAAGAAUACAAUUCCGGUUACUUCCGUCAAUUUGACUAUGGAUCAACGCGCAAUAAGAAGGAGUACAGUAGCAAGACCCCACCGGAGUACGAUGUGGAGAGCAUUGAGGUGCCCACCUAUUUGUAUUAUAGUGACAAUGAUUACUUCGCCAGUCUAAUUGACGUGGAUCGUCUACGUUACACCAUGAAUCCGAGUGCUCUGAAGAGUGCAUAUCGCCUGCCGCAGGAGAAGUGGAAUCACAUCGACUUCCUGUGGGGACUCAAUGUGAAGGAAAUUCUUUAUGACAGGGUCAUUGAUGACAUAAAUAAUGCAUAAACGCGCGCUGCAAAUAAAAAGCGACAACCCAUUGUG